AUAAUUAUUUUUGAUUCCAGUGGGUGUGAUAUGUGAUUACCUCUUAGUGCGCAGAGCAGUCAUUGCAUCAUUCACAGAAUUCAAUUAAAGUAAUGUGGUCGAUUGCCAACGGAGAAAAAUUUAAAGUAAAAAUCAAAACAACUCACUGAAGAAAAUAGUGUGCAAAAUAGUUGCGUUUGUUGUUUCUGAGUAUUUAGCAUUUUAAACAAGUUCGCUUGAAAAAUACAGGAAAAAAGACGUGGGACAAAUUUACUUCCAUUAUUUCUUCAAAAUAGAUGCGAUCAUAUCAUCAAUGUAAUUGUAUUUCGUUGCUUAGUUGCAUAAUUUUUGCGCGUUUUCAUAUUGAAAAAAUAAAAAAUAGUGUUAAAAAAACAUAUAGUAGUUCAAAAUGCAUAUUCAUCCAAGUUCGUCUGAAUCUAAUUUUGACCAACUAAUUCAGAGGGAAGAAAUCGCAGCCAUCAAAAUACAAGCUGGAUUUCGUGGCUACCGUGUAAGAAAGCAGAUGCAAAAUCAAUCACAAAUCAAUGCACCGAAUUGCUAUAUACAGGAAAGACAGCGGCAGAUGUCAGAUCCAUUGCAAGUAAAUAUAGGAAAUAACACAAUAUUACAAAAUAUUAACACAASCGCAAAUGAAAAUAGUUCUAAAUUAGGAGUAGAAAUAACUACAAAGGAAGAUCAAUGCGCUACUACAAUACAAGCAAGUGUACGUGGUUUUUUGGUGCGAAAGAAACAGAAAAUUGCAAUAGAUGCGGCAACAAAAAUACAAGCAAGCUUCCGAGGUUUAAAAGCGCGGAAAGAAGCACAACACUUGAAACAGAAAUAAAAUUAACCUAGUGUAAUAACAUAAUGAGUGCUAAUUACCUGUAAAAUUGACAUAUGUAUGCUCUUUUAAUUACUUUCUCAAUAUACUUAUGUUCUUAAAUUUUCUUAAACGGUUAUUGGAAAAARAUAUUUAUUCAUAAUCUGAGCAUAAAACAUAAUUGUUCUGACCAUAGAAUAUUCAGUGCUUUUUACGCUGUUAGCGAUAUUUUUGCUUUUCAUUCACUUAAUUGCUGUCUUUGUUGCUAAUAAUGCCAGAAAAAGUUAUUAUUGAGGUAUUUCAUUUGUAAGCAUAGAUAUACAGAAUUCUAUGCAGGUAUGGUAUAAGUUACAACAUUCAUUUGUAAAUCUACAUACAUACAUAUGUACUAUGUAGUGUAAAUGAAUUAAUAGAGUGUUUGUACCUUCCAAUUAUGCGGUCUUGAGAAAUUAGAAAUCAUGAUACAAAUCCAAAGGCUUACAACUAAUUUUCCGCUUUGCCAUAAUUUCGUGUUUACAAAAAUUAUUAAUCAUCAAAAUACUUAUAUUUUCCUAUUGGUAGAAUUAAAAUAAGGUUGUGAAAUUUUAGGAACAUUUGUAAUUACUAACAACAUUAAGCUAUUAAAACAUUAUGAAUACUUAUAUGUCAGUAUGAAUAGUUAAG